UAUCGUUUGAAAUUUUCUUCAUAUCUAAUAUACGGAAAACAAAAAAAGUAAAUUAAAGUACACCAAACUAUAUAAUAAACGAUGAACUUCGCCGCUUAUUUCGUUAAUAAGUCGCACAAACGGUUGAUGUGAUAUUAAAUGAUAGGAAUAAUACAAAAAAAAAAAAGAAUAGAAUAAAAAUUUCUUCAUUUCGCAAAUGAGACUAUAUAUAUAUAUACGAGAAAAAGGAAAAAAACAAAAAACAUAAAAAAUAAUCAAAAUAAUCUAAAUUAUAUAUUUACUUGUAUGAGUAAUUCAUUUACGACAUAGAAUUGUAUUAACUCGUUGAAGCUUUUACUCUUUUUAAAAAAAAUGCUAUAUCGAUAAGAUAUGUAGAACGUAUUGCUCGUUAUACGAUAGGUCUUAUCCAAUCAUUGAAUUGCUUAUAGUGGUUAAAUUGCAAACAAAUUAAAUAUAUAUAUAUAUCGUAGAAUUCUAACAUCAAGUACCAAUUUAUUCAUUUAGCGUUUAAAAGAUAACCAUAGAGAGAUGAAGUAAGUAUCACGAUGGAAAAUAGUCAUUUUAUAACUAGGCCAUCAUUACGUUGAUUUCUCAUAUCAAUUUAUUGACAGAACGGAGAUCGCUUACGUCGUCAAUUACUACGUGAUAGAUUUUUUUAAGUACAUGUUAAUCUUACUGUGAUUAAUAUUAUUUGUUCACGUUAUUAAACAUCGUACGGUUAAAUGAUAGUUGAUAAUCUUACUUUUUGAUACCCGAUAAUAUAAAAUUAAUGAAUUAAAAAUAAUUAUAUAUGAUAUUAACGAGAAUCUUAUAUUUCUUAGAGAGAUAAAUAACUUUCGCUUUUUUUUAGUUUAUCGCUUAUGUUAAAUAGUUUCUAUCUGUUAAAUAUUCAUGUUAAACGCGAAGAACAAUACAACGCAAAAGUGAUACAACUCUUGCGAGCAAGAGUUCUCAUUUUUUAUUCAUUCGAAAGCAAUACAAAAGAAAUCGUUUAUAUGUGCAUGAUAAUACAUGUUCGAUGAUAUCGAUUUAUCUGUCUAUUGAUCUCUUUGAUAUGAAGUGAAAUCAACUAAAAUUUUUAUCAAGUUUAGUAAUAUUAUAAAAUAUUUUUAAAAAUUACCAUAAGUGAUGUGUAUAUGUGUAUGGCAGAAAUGUGCGAACUAGAAACGUCACUACCAAUAGAAGAUUUUGAAGGACUUAUAAGAAAAUCUCUUGGCUCUGGUUUAAAAAUAAAAAAUGUAACAUGGAAACAUUUAACUGAUCCAGGAGAAAAUUUUGGCAGUUUGAUAUUGGCUGUUACUGUCAAUACUAUAGAAAAUUCGUCUUCAAAGACGUUGAACGUAGUUGCAAAACUUCCGCCAAAAUCUGCAUAUCUUGUAGAUUUAUUUAAUAGUCCACUGACAUUUAAAAAAGAAUUAAACUUUUAUAGUGACGUUGUCCCAGCUCUAAAGGAUAUUUACCGUUCGUCUAAUUUACAAGAGGAAGUAUCUGUACCGCGCUACUUUGGCGGAAGAUUAGGCUUAGAAAAUCCUGACAAAUUUGAUCUUCAAGCUGUUAUCAUUUUAGAAAAUCUUAAAUCCUCUGGUUACUCGGUUCAAGAUCGAAUUAUGGGAAUGGAUUUAGAACAUGUUAAACAUGCUGUUAAAGAAUUGGCAAAGUUACAUGCAAUGAUCAUUGGUUUAAAAAUAAAUAGACGAGAUUUCUUCAAAAAUACUAUACUACCAGUUUUAGUAUCUCCAACUAAUGAAACUGCCGUAAAGUGUGUUAUGGAUAUGAUUCAUAAGGCACAUGAGGAUUUAAAACAUUUAGAAGAGGCUAAACCAUAUAUGGAAAGCGUUGAAGCUACAUUAAAAUCUACGAACAUAAGUAAUGAAACUGAAAAAGACGAUUUAUGGGCAACAAUAGUACAUAAAGAUUUUUGGGUCAACAAUAUGUUGUUUUGUCACGAUUCUUCUGGACAUAUAACUGAUAUGAAAAUAGUUGACUUUCAACUUUGCAUUUAUGACUAUGGUGUAGAAGAUCUUAUAUUUUUUUUAAUAUCUAGUGCUAAGAAAGAAGUUAUUGAUAAUAACUUAGAUGAUAUGAUUAAUUUGUAUUAUGAUUCCUUUAUCGACGUUUUAAAAAUGUUAAAAGUAGACACAGAACAGUACAGUAAAAGUAAAUUCCUGGAAUUGUUGAAUAAAUGUGCACCUAUGAAAUUUGCACAAUGCAUUAUGAUGGUGCAAGUAAUACAAGCUUCUCGUACUAGUCAUUCUGAGAUGAAAAAUAUGGAAAAUGCUGCAGAAUUGUUUAAAAGAGAAACAAAUGAUGUAGGCAAUAAGAAAUUGUUACAUAUAGUGCAGACAUUUGCAAAAAAAAAUUGGUUAUUAUGAUAAAAUUAUAUCUGACUUGAUUUAAAAGUAUUUUAAAUUAUAACAUGAUAUAAUUAUUACAAGUAUUUACGGAAAUAAUACUUACGGAAUAAAAUACUAGAACAUAAAUAUUAUGUACUAAACAAAUUGAAUUUCUAAAAAACAUUAUACUUACUUCUAAAAUAUCCGCUACUGCAUCUGGUAAAUUGAAUUCUCUAACGACCCUUAGGCGCACUUGCCUAUUAAUUUCGCUUCGCGAAGAUAAAGGUAGAUCUAUAGCUCGUAGACAACUUGGAGAUUGCCUUAAUUUUUGUUCCCGUUUAAGCAUUGCAGCCAUUGUUGAUGAAUCUGGAACUAAAUAUUUUACGUAGUAUAAUACAUUUUAAAUAUAGUAUCGUUUAUUUAUAAAAAAAAAAUGAAAAAUGAAAAAAUAUACAAUGUAUAUAAUACAUUCCUAUAAGAAUUGUAUAGAUUAUUAGAAACCAAUUAAUAUAUAUUGAAAUAUAUUAUUUAAAAAUA